CGGGGGGUACCACACAUACGCAGUUAAACAUGACCAGCACUGCGCAUGCGUUAUACCCCCACAUCCCAACACCAGUGACCCAUCCUCCUUCUAUAAGCCUUGCGUUGCCAUUCUAUCCUUUCCUGAUUCAAACCAGGCGAUCAUCUACUUCUCUAGAUUAAAACACGGCAGCAUCGUUUGUUAACAGUCUGGACUAACAGAUAAGUAACGUUAGUCUUGUUAUAUAGUUGUUUAUAAUGGCAGAUAACAGGACAUGUGCUGUGGAGCGUGUUUAGCUGAAGAAACAUCAUCAAAUGCAGCCAAACCUGAAGCCCGGCUGGCCCUCUAACUCUGAGACUGCUAACGGGAACUGGAACAACACCAUGGACGCUCCUCAGUAUCCAGGCUACCCCUCACACUACUGGUAUCCCCAAUCUCAUUCCACAGGACACUAUGCAAAUACCUAUCCCUCUGGAUCAGAAGUUCAGCCUCAGUACAAUCAACAGGUAAUGCCUGGAGGUUAUCCAAAUGGCCAUGGUGUCUACAGCCCAGCGCAGAGUCAGUAUUCAACAAGUGGUUUCCACCCCUCCAACCCUUUCUACUGUGCCGACACUCAGAGACCAGCUCAAGGUCCUUAUCCUAACCAGGUCUGUGCAGCGGAGCAGAGCAGCGGGCCGUCUGGACAGCCACACGCUCAACACCAACAUCAUCACUAUUCUGGUCCACACUGUCAAGGGGCUCCUGGAUAUCCUCCUGGGGCGUACCCACACUACAGUGAAGGUGGUCAUGCAAUACCUUCGAACCCCCCAUACCCCACUGGCCAGGCUCUCCACCAAAACCCCCAGGCCGAUGGGUGGGCGCACUCUGGUGCGUACGCCCCCCCACAGCAGCAAUGGCAGCCAGGCCAGCAGCCUCAGCAAGGCCACUACGGAAAUCCUGUCCGUCCACCGCAUCCUCCAGCGUGGCCGGGGACCGGAACUGGCGCUCCACCACCUUACCAACCCAAGGACCAACAGCACCAACGCGCCCCUCAAGUGGGACCUAAACCCAGGCCGGCCCCAUCCCUGAAUCCCCCCAAUGGAAAGCCCGCCGAAAUAAGCUCGCCGCCCCAAAUGUACAACAAAACCGGGAGAGGUGAGCCUAACCCUUCGCAAGGUGACCCCCCGCCGUCGGCCGCGGCCCAGGCUCCGGCUCCGGGCCACGCUGGACCUCACCCCCUAAGCGAUAACCCCGGCCUAGCCAAGGUCCAAUACGUCAUGGCCAGAAUGAUGCUGCUUCAGGAAGACGUCGACGAGUUUGUCGGCAAAAAGUCAGACAAGAGUUAUCGCUGUCUGGAGGAACUGCUGACCAAAGAGCUGCUGGAGCUGGACUCCGUGGAGACUCAGGGACAGGAGAUCGUCCGGCAAGCCCGGAAGGAGGCCGUACAGAGGGUCCAGGCCAUUCUGGAUCGGCUGGAGAAGAAAGCCUUCUGAACUGGACUUACUUACUGGUUUGUGGGUCACCAAGUCUUGCUGUUUUUCUUCUUCCAGAUCUUCCAUGGACACAAUGAGGGUCUAUUCUUCUCUCUCUCUCUCUCUCUCUCUCUCUCUCUGAGCUGUGUUAUCUUAAGGUUUUUUUCCACCACCAUGAUAUAAUAACAUGCCUGAAAUAAGUGGCAUGGACCCGCGACCAAGACAGAGCAAUUACUGGUACAUGGAAUCAACCUUUAACGCCUAAUUAUGCUGGUAUAAGUGAUGGUGUUAGAAGUGUAGACUGACGGUUGUACAUAUCAUAAGUGACUUUCAGCCUCAGUGAGCGACCGUGCUGGCUACACAACCUGACACUCUCGCUCAGCUUCCUCUUUGACGUCAUUUAAACUUUGCCAGCAUAAUGCAGGGCAGAGUCGCAGGAAGCUGGAUUUAUUCAGAGCCACGUUGCAACUGUUCUCUGACCUGUGAUACAUAUCCAGUUUAUGGUCAGGCUGUCCCUCAGGAUUGUGGGUCGGUUUUAGCCUGAUCCUACAUCUAACAACACAUGCACUUCAUCAGCCGUCUAUUAUUACAUCUUACAGUCUGUUUGCAUGAUAUUGUCCUCACCCCCUCCCUCCCGAUAGAGGCCAUACACUUAGUUGCCCAUUACUUCUCCAAGUCUCUGCAGGAAUAGGUGCAAAGCUUUCCUUUUCAGUUGUGUUCCCUGCAUGCACUGUAAUGUCAGACAAACACUCGAUGCAGUCACGACAUCUCAAAGCUCAUAAUUGGGCCUAGAGCGUAGCAGAUUUAGUGAAAACCCCCUAAAGAUUGCUGUCCCCAUUAUUCCAUCUCUUGGAUGAAAAUUCUUCCUGGGUGCAGACCUAGACCUAGAAUCAGACCUACAUAUGAAUGCCAUGUAUUUCAAUAUAGGAACUACUGUUAUUACAGAUACAUAGGACAUAAGGAAAAGUUUAAGAAUUACUUGAAAAGAUGCUAAGUUAUAUUCUUUUUAUCCCUUUUUGAACACUUGGAAUAUAUACAUGACUAAGCAAGGGAAUUGUAUUGUGUUCAAUCAGUUGCUGUAAAGGAUAAAGGAAAGGAUGUACUUUAACAUUUUCAGUAAUGUUUUGUGCUUAAGGACAAUGUUGGUCACAGCACUUGGAUCAAGUGUUUAAUUUGGACCUUGUUUCUGUUUUUCUGUCGCACUUAAUAUCCUUGUUAUACAAAUCCAGAUUUGCAUUGUAAUCCAUUUUCUCGUUAAGAGUCUUUUGUUUGUUUUUUUCAAUCAUUAUUGAUGUGUUGAUUUAGAGAAAAAAAAGAGUGCCAUAUUUCAGGGGAUGGUUUUAUAUAAUUAGAAAAAAAAAAUAAUAAAAAUAAGAUCACAAGCUUUGCAUGAAAAAACCCGU